AUGAAACUAGUGGAAAUGUCUAGAGCUCCUUCAAGACCUCAUUUAACGUUAUCGACUCCGAAUAACUUACAUAUAUUAGAUAUGGGUCUUGACUUUCGUUCUUAUUUGUCACGCAGGGAUGAGAAUGAUGUACCAAUUCUGGGAAAUGUAAUAUCAUUUCUUCCGUCUAAAAUUGCAGAUGUAUUCGAACCAACUGUGGGCCUUUUAGUCACUGUGUUGCAUCUUUUUGCACAAAGUGAGACAUCUGCUUUGGCAUUUGCUUGGAUUAAGGCUUAUGAUACUUUGCAGAAAGUUUUUAUCGAGCAUGAAGAAAAUGGUUCUGAGGCAUCUAAAUAUGCACAGGAAGCACGGCAUAUACUUUCUACUCACCUUUUUAAUGUAUUAAAUAACAAUGAUCGUAGUUGUCUAACUGAGCUUCUAUGCCUCCUUGAUUCCCAGAGUCGGAUUAAAGGCUCUCAAUCACCUUCUCAGAGAAAAAUUCCGCGUGACCCAAAAGGUGCCUUUUGUAAUUUGCAUUUAGCGGAUCAUAAAUGCUACCAGGAAUUUGCGUGUAAUCAAUUUCAUCUUCAUGAAGCCGGGCCUGUCCGACAUCGUUUGAACUUUUUUCAGCGACUAACGGAAAUAUUAAUUAAGGAGAAACUACCAAGGGGGGAAAUUCAUAAGAGAAUAAAAGACUCUAUUUUUUUUGCACGUUACGGAAAUAAAGUGACGGUCCGUUGUCAUAACAGUUGGAUACCGUUCUUUAAAACUAUAUACACGGAUGGUCGUCUUGAGCAGGCUUUUCGUAUUCAACAGUAUUCUUGUAAUGAUAUGUUUUGCACUAACGAGCAUUGCAAAGGAAUUCAUUGUCAGGAUUGUCGUAUUUUAAUUUCAACGAAAUCAAUGGAAUUACACAGACCUCAUCAAAUUUCUUCUGAACUAGAUGAGGAGGCCGAACAUAUUUUAACUUCUGUGGAAAACUCUAAACCACCAAAUGACCCUGUUGACUCCUUAUCUAUAUCAUCCAGUUAUGUUUUAUCACCCACUGCAGAGUUAUGGCGUAAUACAGUUCGCGAUUAUGUUCGGCAAUCUGGAAUAUCUCAAAUUGAAGCUGAUGAGUCCCUUCUUCAAACAUUAAAAGAUGCUAAAGUUGUCGGAACACCAAUAUCUGUUAUUUCUGAGCGAAUGACACCUCUUCUCGAUGGGCUGGAGACAUAUGGAUUUAACUCAAGUUUUUCUUCAUUGGGUAGUGAACAUCCUUCUUGAAAUAUUGAAUUUGGUUUGUUUCAUUACUUGCUUAUAGCUUUAUCUCUUGUGCAACAAUACAAUUUAUUUUAUGGUUCUAUAGUUUCCCUUUUGACUUAUAAACCUGUUUCAUUAGUGCUACAUUGUCGCAUAAAAUGAAGAUAAUUAAAAAUAGCGAAACAUAUUAAACAUUUUGCUAUUAAUGAUUAUUAAAAUAUUGUGCUUAUACAAUUUUAUUUUAGGCUGCAAACCAAACGCUGUUUGUAUUGCGUAUACACCGGGUGUUUUUUUCUGAGGAAAGUACAUUAUAAACUAGUAUAUAAAAGUUUUCUUUUUCUUUAUAGUCUAUACAUUUGUUUAGAUGUACUGUUAUUAUCGAUAUAUAAAUAUUUUUACAAAAGGGAGCAAACUAGAGGAUAAGACAGGGUAAA